GAAACAUGUCCGAGGUUGACCGGCGACCGUACUGCCCCGGCGGAAAACAUCGGCGUGUCGGUGCCGCCGAUGCGUGCCCACCCAGCAAGAUGGCUCCUCUACGGGGCGACACUCGGUGUUUGAUGUGAAGUUAUUUACACACCAGGGAAUCUCGCGCCGCGCUCUCUCAAGAGCCGUGUAUGCACAGCAGCCGUGUCGCCGCGUCGACGCGUCGCGGUGCCGCCGCGCGUGUUUCAUAGUGGUAGCGCCGAUUUUCACCGCGGUCGGUUGUCGCGGGUGGUCGCGCGUCAAAUCGCGGGUGCUGGCGUAAACGUCACACGUCGCGACGUCAAACGCCGUGCCGUGUCGCACCGAGCCGCGCCGAGUGGACCGGAGCGGAGCCAAGAAAGACGUAUACGCGGUGACGCCGCGAGGAGGAGCGAGGCGUCCCUGGGUCCAGCUGACGAAAACGACGACGACGAGGAAGUAACAACGACGGGAACGACCACGCACCCGCACGGUCGGGCUCCAGUGACGACGGAACGACGAAGCGCCUCUCCUCCUCUCCCGAGGAGACAACCCCGGUGCGCUUUCCCCUCACUACUCAGAUACACAGUGCCAUUCCAAAGAACCAUUGCUCACAGCUGUGCUAAACUGUAAACGCUAUGCUUAACGAUAGAUAGUGUUUUAAGGCUCUGUGUUAUUUAUAUAUUUAAACGACGUAACGCUAUUAAUCGCGUCUCUCUCUACCGUAAGAGCUUUACGCUAGAGUAGAGAUAAUUGUACGAGAAAUUGGAUGGGAAGAAAUCAGCCGCGUUUGUACAUAAAGCCUGAGAUUAUUCAUUAAUGCGAGCAAGCAAAUUGUGAUUCAAAUCAACUUAGCGAUGUUACCAAAGGGAGAUUGAACCAAUUUUCUACGCAAAGCUCUAGAUUUGAAGGAAGUAGAUAGAAUAUGACCAAAGGUGUAAAGACAAAUCUGCGCUGGUAGCGAAUUUUCUCUGGUGAGAACCUCGCUAUGUCUUGAGCAACGUGAUUUAGAGAAGGAGGAAGAAAUAAAGGUUUAUUUUGACAUUUACUACGAGCGGUAUACCAUCGCGUGCUAAACAUGGCGAGGAAAAGUGACAAUGCGAAGAGCAUCAAUAUCGCGGUGGUUGGGCUUUCCGGCACAGAGAAGGAUAAAGGACAGGUCGGCGUCGGCAAGUCAUGCCUGUGCAAUCGCUUCAUGCGCUCCAUGAGCGAUGACUACAACGUGGAGCAUAUCUCGGUGUUGUCACAGUCUGACUUCAGCGGACGUGUUGUAAACAAUGACCACUUUUUGUACUGGGGUGAAGUGAUGAAAACGGCAGAGGACGGGACGGAGUUUCAGUUUCAAGUUAUAGAGCACACGGAAUUUAUAGACGACGCGUCUUUUCAGCCCUUUAAGGGUGGCAAAAUGGAACCGUAUGCAAAGAGAUGUGCCGCCACGAAAAUCACAAGUGCGGAAAAGCUUAUGUACAUCUGUAAGAAUCAAUUAGGCAUAGAGAAAGAGUACGAGCAAAAAGUUCUACCGGACGGUAAAUUAAACAUUGAUGGAUUUCUGUGCGUGUUCGACGUGAGUCUCGUGCCAAACAGAGCAAUAGAAAAGCAAGUUGAGAUUGUGGCAAAUAUCUUGAAUAAUUUGAUGAAGACGAAGAAGCCGAUAGUGCUGGUAACGACCAAAAAUGACGACGCGAACGAGCAGUUUGUCAAGGAGGCCGAGAAACUGAUAAUGCGCAAGGAGUACAAGGGAUCGAUCUUGAUUAUCGAGACCUCGGCGCACGAGAACAUCAACGUAGACUUGGCGUUCAUGAUUCUGGGACAGUUAAUCGACAAGACGAAGAUGCGCAGCAAGGUAGUACCGUUUGCCGAGGCAGCCAGAGGCAGAAAGGAGCUCUUGGACGCGUCAACGGAAUCGUUGCAGAGAUUAAUCCGGAUACAUGUGACCGAUUAUCGCGCCUUAUGGUCACAGGCCUCGAAGAAACUUUCACAGCUGAAAGAGUUCACCAUGUUUGUCGAGUUAUUUGGUAUUGAAGCGACGCAGAGAUUAUUUAGAAGGCAUAUCAAGAAACUGAAAGAUGAGCAGAUAGCGAAAAAAAUACAAGGCUACCUGGAUAUGUUACCGGAUAUACUUCACGAGAUCUGUCCUGAUGUAUCGAAUUUAAUUAACGAAGAAUGGUCGGCAGUGCAACAAUACAUAAAGACUCAUCCCGACUUUGAUCAGUAUUUCUACGAAUGUCCCGAAGACAUACCGUGGAUUGAUUGUGAUUUUGGGGAGAAUAACGGUACAAAAAUUCCGUACGACGUGCUGGAAACUCCCGAGGCGGAAACUGUAUUUAAAAAUCAUAUAAACGCUUUGCAGCAAGAGCAACGGCGACUAGAACUUCCGAAAAGGUGGAAGAAACAAUUUAAGCAAUUGUUGGAGGAAACUGGCUACGUUACGCCUGGGAAACAUUUGUCUGAAGUUAGAGUUUUAUUUAUGGGAAGAGAAUGUUUCGAGGAACUUUCACAUCAUGAUUGUCAAGAAAUUUAUGAUCAGCAUCAGAAGGAAAUUAUUGAAAAGGCAAAACACAAUUUUCAAGAACUAUUGUUGGAACACGCCGAUCUAUUUUAUCACUUCAAAAGUAUAGCUCCAUCUGGAACUAUUACGCAGGAUGAUAUAAAAGAAAUUACAGACGCAUUAUUGGAUGAUUUUAGAUACAAAGCGUUAGAUAGAUUAGAUCAAGAUAGAAAAUUAAUGUUAUUUCAACAUUUGGGAUUUGUACAUUGUCCUAUACGGGAGCACUGCCCCGCUUAUCCAAAUUGCAUGGACGCACUUAUAGAAAGAAUACUCGGAACAAAAGCUCACAGACCUUCCUCAUGGAAUCACAGUAGCCAGUGGCAGUUAACAUCGGACAACAAUCAGUUAAAUUUAGUUAUACUUGGAAGUAACGGGCUAAGCGAAGAGUUUGCUCGUGAAAUAAGGGCACAAACCGACGACGACGAAGUGGAAAUAGAUUGUCAACUAUACACUCUCGGAUAUCGCAUCAUAGAUGGUGAUGUCGGGCUUCCGCACAAUUCCUUCACUACCUCCGAUUUCAUGCCACAUGGUAAACAUCGUUGCAGUAAAUUCUGCGGAUCUUUUUGUAUCUAUUCAAAUGAAGAUUCAUUCGAGUACAUUCGAUCUUCUUUAGAGAAAACCUUGUUAUCAAAUCUAGAACAAGAGGAUAGACUACCAUUUCAAGGUUUACCCAUUGUAAUAAUGUUUAUACCAGAACCCAGUAUUGAUGAAAUGGAGGCUAUGAAACUCAGAGAAGAGGGACAAAAUCUCGCUGACAGUUUGCAGUGUCCGUUUAUCGAUGUUUGCAUUGACGAUCUGGAGCAGGAGAAACAUAAAAGAUUUCCGACUUCACUGGUAAAGGAUGCGUUGCAGCAACUGAUACAAUCCAUAAAUCAUAGAGCGGGUUUUUUAAACAUAUAUCAAAGUGUUAUCGAAUGUCUGGAGCCUGACAUUAGGAUAAUAAUGUGUAUGUUCUGUGGCGAUCCUUACUCGGUUGAAAACGUUCUCGGUCCUUUACUCAAUCAUCAGUGUUGCUUUCUCAGUGGUGACAGAUCUAUAGUUUUGGAAACGUUUUUGGGAGAAUGUAAACGCCGAGUUGAAGUUAUUAUCUCGAGUUUUCAUGGAGCUAAUGCGUUUAGAGACGAGUUAGUGCACGGUUUUAUACUCGUGUAUUCCACGAAAAGGAAAGCCUCUCUCGCGACUCUAAAUGCCUUUUCCACCAACAUACCAAAUCUGCCGAUACAAAUAAUGGCUGUGACCGAUACUGGUGGUGCAAAUGCUUUCUUCAGUAACGACUUGAGUCAUCUACUUAUCACGGAGGGAAACGCGAUUGCAGAUAAAUUGGAGGCGCAUUUUAUGACGUCCGCAUCCAGUUGUCAACAAAAAACCGCGUUUUACACACCCUUCUUCAAAACGGUGUGGGAGAAAAAACCAGAGAUUGAGCAGGCGUUUAACAUGGAGGAGCCAGGGAAUUUGAAUGACAGCGGAGAGGGCACCCUGGAGUAUUCGGCUUUACAUCCGAUGCCACCACCGCGACACGAGAGCUAUCAUCUUCAGACACCGGAUGAUGGUAUGUCUGUAACUUUUAGAAGCGGUUCCGAGUCGUACGAACAGUUGACACCCGACGGUGAUUUAGGUGACACUGGUUUGACGGAACAAUUCGCUGAUCACAGAGCUACGCCGAGCGAUGACAGUGACAUUUACAGCCAGGUUGACUUCUAUCGGGAGGAAAGAGAAAGAGAUUUAAUGAAAAAUGAAGACAUUACAAAUAAACUGUCUGGGUGGGUAAAGGACACAUUCAUGCAUCAAGACGGAGUUACCAACAGUUAUUCGCACAGAGCCUUUACGACGGGUCGACGAUACAUCUCCCAACCUAAGCCACGGCCUAAGGGCAACAGUCAGACCCUGAAGCAGCCUGGGAAGAUCAAUCUGAAGGACUUUUCCAAUGUAACGGAUGUGAUAGCUAGGAUGACGAUCGGUGAAAAAGACGAACACGGCUCGAAAUUGAUGGGUCACGCUCCUCUCGCUACUCCGGAACUGGUGGACCUCGGCUCUGAGUACGCGCAGGUGAAGGACGUCGUUCCGAACAUGUAUUCGGCCUACGAUGGCGAUUAUAUGUACGCCUUGGUACAAGAUUCCAUUAGCAACAAUAAGUCCAAAAUGCGUCACCGACGUGAAAAGGGACAGCCAUCGUACAGCGAUUCUGAUUCGGAGUGGAGCUCUUUGGAGAGACAAAGGGCGACGGAUGUUCUGGGCAAGGGGAAUAAGAAGCCCUCGACUCACAAACGAAUACGCAAGAAACGCACGGCGAUACCAGUUGCGACGCCAAAAGUGCCGUCACUGGGCAGCAUGGGUAGUGGGGACGGUAUUGUCGGGCUGAACUAUAAUAUAAAAGACGAUAAAAAUUGGCGUGUUGAUCCCGCGGAAAGAGUAUCUAGCGAAACGCCCGAUUCUUCCGAAUCGAGCGAUCCGGAACACACGUCGAGGUCCAGAUCGAAACAAUAUAAAUACGCCGCGGCUAGUUUGCGGAAAAGAUUUUCCGGAAAUUCUCUGCAACAGCAAUACUUGCAACAUCCGUUUAAUAUGAAACACAUGACGCAGGAGAUGUUCAGCGCCUCCUCUAAACAAAGGGGUGAAAAUACGUUUGGCAUUCCAGAUGACGAAUCAAGUCUAGAUGUCUCUUCGCCUCGUGAAAUUAAUUCUCCUAGUUUUGGUAUAUUGAAUAAGUCAAAGGACAGCGACAAGCUAACCAGGAAGAAAGACAAACAAAAGGCAAAGGAGGACGAAAAGUUGGAAAAAAGAAGGCAAAAAGAGGAGAAGCUCAAGAAGCACGCAGAGAAGGAGAAGGAGAGGGAAAAGAAGAAACAAGAGAAAAUAAAACAGACGAAAGGUCCGGGAGGAACACCGAUCUCGGGUCAAUCGCACCAACCUUUGAUCGAAGAUUUCGCACAAAGUGACACGAAUCGAAUACCUUUGUUUCUCGAGAAGUGCGUGCGAUUUAUCGAGGACGAGGGAUUGGACUCGGAAGGGAUAUACAGAGUGCCCGGUAACCGUGCACACGUGGAAUUGCUUUUCCAAAAGUUCGAAGAAGAUGGUAACGUCGACAUACAUUCGUUGGAUAUUCCUGUAAAUGCUGUCGCUACAGCCCUGAAAGAUUUCUUUUCCAAGAGAUUACCACCGCUCAUCGACAAAGAACGCAUGAGCGAACUGGAAGAUAUAUCAGGUGCACGAGGUAUUAGCAAACCUAUGUCGGCUACUUGUAUGAACAUGGAAGAUCGAAGUGGGAGACUGUUAGCCUUGCGUUUGAUGCUCAACAAGUUAAAUCCAGUGAACUUCGACGUUCUCAAAUUUAUUUUCCAGCACUUUGUGAAAGUUGCGGAGAAUUGUAAACUCAACAGUAUGGACAGCAAAAACUUGGCGAUUUGUUGGUGGCCUACGUUACUACCAAUCGAGUUCAACGACCUCGGUAGAUUCGAAGCUAUGAGGCCGUACUUGGAGGACGUAGUUCAGACAAUGAUCGAUCAAUAUCCUUUCCUGUUCUGCGGUGAGGAUGCCGUUGUAAUGGUGUAGUGACGAAAUGCAUUAUCCGGCCAUGCAGUGUAUGGUAGGUCUCAGCGUCUGUGCGACAUAACUGCAGUACUUCUUGUGACAACAACGGUAAUGGAAGCGGCGUGUCUGAAGGCUGAGACCUCGCGAUAGCGCGCCUGUUUCACAAAGUGAUUUGAUAUAAUUUUUUAAUACGUUGUCGAUACAAAUAUUGCGAUACAGGCAUUUGGUCUCAACAUGUAAUUUGUAUUAAUACUAAACUUCGCUCUUUGGCGCAUUCGUAAGAUAUAACUGAUACAAGUUCCACGUAGACGCAACGUGGACGAGUAAAGUCUCUAUUUUUAAGUUUAAUUAUUCGCGUUUGUUUCAUUUCACGGAGUGUGCGACAAACAGGAGAGAUUUCCCCUUGUGUGGAAUUCGAUCAAUCAAAUGGUCCUAAGAUGAUAACGAUUGUCCGUGUGGCGGGGAUCAGAUAAUAAUGCAAGCAUAAUAAGAGUCAAUCCAUGUGUCAUAACAGUAUGCAUGUAUCAUGUUGGAUGUAUCCAGAGCGAUGUAUUUAUUGAUAUUGAUAUUAGAGAUGUAUGACUCGAUAUUUGAUAAUAGCGAUAUUAGCUUUACAUAGUUAAGAAAGUAAGAUCGAUGUUGCUUUUUUUAUUCGCUUUUUUUCGCUCCGUCUUUCCGUUCUCUUUCUUCGUGUCUUCUUGUCCACAUUGCCAAGAACGAAAGUGCUGAGCGCAAAGUGACGUCAUUAAUGUAGUCUCGUUAAAGAGACUGUUAUUAGUAUUUAAAAGAGGGCAUGUCCAGCCCUCACAUUUACGAAAGAUACGAAACUUAUAUAAAACGAGAUUUAUCGUCGAAUUAUAUAUAUAUCUUACAUAGCAACGAUAUCAAAAAUGCAUUUUUAGCCAGCAUUUUUAGCCAAUUUUCUUUUUUAGCCAAUGCACAAAUAAGUCGCCCCUCAGGUAUAUUUACAUUUGCAUUUUAUCGGUGUAGAUUAUUGUGCAAGAGUUUUUAAAUAAUCUAUCGUAUUAUCAGGGGCUGAGCAAACUCAAACGAUGAUACAAUUCGUAUAUUCAUUCCGUCUGAAAAAGAGUAAAGUAAAAAUGAAAAAAAAGGAAGAAACACGAAAAACGUUACAUGUAAUUGCACAAUGUCUUGACAAAUAACGAUAACGUGCGUUAUGCGAAAAAGAAAACGAUAGGAUAGAGAUAAAAAGGGAAAGAAUGUUUUGACAAGAGUCUCGUAUAUGCAACAUACACACAGCAGACACAUAAAGGUGGAAUCGAAAUAACUUAAGAAAUACUUAGAGCUACGAACAUGGAUAUUAAGAUUUCUUAAAGCGGAUAUGUACAUAGAAAUCUAAUUUAAGAUACAUGAAGUUCGUAAGAUAUGAGAAAUGCUAAAUUUAUAGUGACUUUUUUGAGAGUAAAAAAAGUUUGUUUUAUGCAAGGAGCUGAUUUUAUCGUUUGUAUCUUCGCAAAAAAAAAGAAAAAAGGCGCAGCGAAAAUAUUUAUUAGCACGCAACCUUUGCACAUAAGAGAUUUAAGAGAUCGUUGAUUCAAUUAAAGUAAACAGAAUUAUAUUAUGUAACUUUUUACAUUGGAUCGGAAACACGCAUUCGGUUUUUUUUUUAGCUGUUCGUUUUUCAAAUUCGAAUCCGCGCAUCCAGAGGGUCAUUUUUAAUAAGUGUGCCAUAACUUAAACUCGAUAUUAAUGAUCGUAAUGACAAAUGUCCUUGCCUUUCGGCGGCUCAACAUUCGAAAGUAAGCAUGUCAUUUAUAAGCGCUUGACCGCGCACGAACGUUCGCGGACGCAUUGCCGAGAGAUACUUAAAUAUCGCCUCUGAAUGUUGGAGCCAUUAUGAAUAAGGGAAGAUAAAAAAAGAAAGCGACAACGGUACAUAGACGCAUACCCACGCGCACACACGUACACUUUUGUAAUUCAAGGAUUAAUCACAAACAUUCCCGUAAGAAACGUCGAUGUUACUUUAUAAUCUCGCGAGAGACGCGUUUUAAUUAAACUGAGUCCGUAAUUUCAGGAGUAAAAUUUAUAAGUAAAAUUUUGAGAGUUUUGUAAAAGACAGAAAGAUAGGGAAAAAAUGGAGAGAUCUCUCUUGUUAUUUGACAUGGACUCAGGAAAACGCGCAUUUCGCGAAAAUAGCUGCUCUGUAUUUGUAAGAAAAAUUGUUGUAAUGAUAUUUCUAUAAUCGAUGCGUCGCAGAAACGCACGCGGCGGAAAGAAGAAAGAAGGAACAGAUCGUACAUUCCCAUUUAGUCAUAAAAAAGGAGAAAAAGAUUUUAUACAUUCAUACGUAUGUAAUUGUAUAAUGUUCUUAAAGUAGCUAGGGAAGGACGUCCGUGUUUCACGUGUGGAAUCUCAAACGUCGAAAGACGACCGUCGACGACGUCGAUGAGCGAAGUAGCGCGUGUCAUUGGCGCAGUUUGAAACGCUUGCUUGGGAGAUAUUUCGAUAUUCUUGUUACCUUUGUCUACUUUACAUGUUGUCCAUUUUACAUAUGUCAAAUGGAUAAUUGUUAAAGCACUUAAGACAUUUUCUCAUAAGAUUACUUGCAAUAACUUUUUCGUUGUUUAAAGAGUUAGAUCAGUGUAAUUGUCUACAAGUAGAAGUAUUUUCUACUUUUUUUUUUUUAUAGAAAAACGUGAGUUAAAAGAAAAUCAUAUACGAUUGAACACUCAAAUUUUCUUAUGUUCGGUGACGUAAUCGUUUUUUGCAAAAUUUACUCGAAAAAUUUUUAGAGAAUAUAUUAUUAAAAUUUUAAGAGAAUAUAGCAUAUUCUCUUAAAGAGAAUAUAGCAUAAGAGAAAAGUAUAUUUUUAAAUAAAAAUGUACUUUAAUAUUGUAAGUAAAUUACAAGUAAAUUAUUUUCAUUAUAUUUAAUAUAAUAAAAUUAUAUUGAAAUUUUUUUUAUAGCUUCUUGUAGCUUUGUCUGAAUACUUUUGUUAGAAAAUGUAUUAAAAUAUUUGUCUAAGAGUAUUAAACGUUUAGAUCGCAUAUAUUGCUAUGUAUGUGUAAUAUGCCCGGGCGUUCCAUGAUCACAUAAAAAUACUUUUUUCAAAUUUUAAUACAAACUGCACUAAAAUAAUCUAAAAAUUAUAUGCUAUUUUUUAUUAAAAAUUGUAAUUUUUAUCUUCUACACUGAUCUAACCUUUUACAAGUUGUGCACAUGCAGUUAAAUAUUCAUGAAAUGUUCAUUAAAUCUUAAAAUAUAAUAUUCCAUAAUAAAAUAUAAUAAACGAAUAUUCCGGUAUAGCCUAAAAUAUUUCGCUAUUUAGUGGAACUGUAUCUUUUGUACAUAAAGUAGCAUUACAUAAAUAUUAUAAUUUUCCAUUUAAUAAUAUUAAUAACAUAACAAUUAAAACAUUAUUGAAUAAAAAAAAUAUAUAUAUAAAAUUUCAAAUACGUCACGUUUUUACAGAGAAAUAGAACGAUUGAACUUUUUUAUUAAGAGUAUUGAAGCAAUUUGUCUAAAAGUUUAUAAUGAACAUAUUGUCGAUUUUAAUUUUUAAUAAAAACACGAAAUGUGAGUUAAUAGAAGAAAUACGCAAAGAAUUAUAAAUUUACAAAAAAGUAGACGAGAUCUCUAAACAAAAUCUCCAAAAAAAAGAGAAAAAAUUUGCGUCAAUUAUAUAAAAAAAAUAUUGUAUAUACAUUUCAAAUUGAUCAAAAACAAAUAUUACGUUAUUACAACAUUACAAUUAACCAAGUUUACACAAGUUUUAAAAUAUAAAAAUAUUUUAUUCUGCACAAAAAAAUUUUAAUAUAGUUUUAAUUAAAAAAUACAACAAAAUUUCAUGCCAUUAUGUUCAUAUACAAUUUUAAAUUUCAUAAAACAACCUUAAAGUAUUAAACAACCUGAAAUGUUUAACGGUGAAAACUGUUAUUAUAUACUGUUUAUAAGAUGAAAUAAAAAGCAUAACGAAAUCUUUCUUACUGAUUUAAACGUUUCAUUAACAUUUGAUCGUUUUAUGAAUAUUUUUAUAUUAUUUUAUAUAUAUGGAAUAUUGGGAAUACAAACAGAACAUUUUAUGAAUAUUUAGCGCUAUCUAAGUUUCUCAGUGUUAGUGCCAAUAGAUCGUUUUUGCUUGUUAUUAAAACGUUAUUAAAACUCUUUCUAACAUCGAGGUUUUAAUCUACGAAAAAUACUGUAAUUUUUAUUCUUGUAAUACCGCGAUUUUUUUAUCUGGAAUUUGCUGUUAAUUCGAUCAUCAACAAAUCUAUCUUGUGUGUGUUUUGUAUAGUACUUUUCAAUCAAUAGCUUGCGAUUUCUUAUAAUAACUAUCGUUUAUUCAGACACUUAGCACGAGCUAUAUGACUAUACUGCGACAAUUGAAAAGAGAGUGCAAAAGUAGCCUGACCCAUCUUGAAAAAAAAAAUUCAAUAUUGACAGAGAAAAUUAUUAAAUUUAAAAUUGCAUUUAUUUGCGUACUCUUUUAUCAAUUCAAACAAACUAUUCUCUCAGAUUUCUAUUUUAAAGGCAAAUACACUUUCCUUCAGAUCUCAAACUAGUUAUUUUAAGUAUAUAAAAUAUUGAGUAUUUUUUAAUGAUAAUUUGUAAUAUUGAGUAUUUUUUAAUGAUAAUUUAUAAAUAAUGUAUUAAAUAUGUAAUCUAUUGAAGUAUUCAGAUGAAUAUUUUUAACUUUUUCACAUAUUUUGUGACAAAAUCUUAUUAGUUUUUGUCAUUUAAUCUAGAAAUCUGAAAUUCAUUAUUUUGACGGGUUGUUCUAGUGUUAUUCUUAAUAAAUUAAAAGUGAGUUACAGACUACUUUUGCACCCGAAUUUUCCGUUUGCAAUCUGUCACAUCCAAAAUGUAACAAUUAAGCAAUAGCAAAGAAACGAAUAUAAUGAUUAUAAAUAUUCAAAGAAAUACUCGACAACAGACACGUGUAACGAUCGUGAAUUCCACGUUUUUCGCGUAGCGUCAGCAUCAUUAACAUUAACAUUUUCAUCAUCAAUAUCAACAUCAACAUCAAUAUCGUCAUCGUCAAUAUCAACAUCAGCAUCAUCGUGUUGUCAUCAUCCCUAGACACGUCCAUCCAUCGAGCGUCUUAUUUCUCGCGAAGCCUAAGGAGAAGGAAACAAAAAUCAUUUUUCUAUGAUACGUCCGUUAAGAUUUCCGCUUAUCCUUUCUCGCUGUCCGACGCCACUGUCCGAAACAUCUCGGCUGGUCUUUCCUCCUCUCGUGUCGAGUUUAAUAACAGAUCCUUAAAUUAUCGUAGCCUGUGAUAAGACGUAGGCGAAAACGGACCCCUUGUUUUCCCUUUAUUUAUAGCAUUGCGGUUUGAUGUACGAGUGUAUUAUAGUUGUACAGUUGCAUCGGGAUGAUGCGUGUUAUAAGCCCUCCCGCUUUCUUUGGGUUUUUGCACAUCGCGUUGCCUCUUAUUCCCUUUCUUCUUCAUUUUCUUUUUUUUUCUCACGUCUGUCUUUCUGUAUCGCUCGUCAUCGUUCUUCGUGAGCUUCACCCGUCCUCGAAAAAUCUCGUUUGUUAUCCGUAGUCUCAAAAUACUGUACGAACACCUCCGAAUCUACGGGCAAUGAUUUUGUGAAGAAAUGUAAGAAACGCGCUUCUCGAUUGUGCUGGGAUCGUCUAUUCAAUACAGCGACCGAACUUUCGUUUAAUUAAUAAAUAAGACAUAAGAUCUCUUUCUCGCGAACACAGAUCAAAGUAUUCACAUGCUGAUUUCUUUCGGCACGCUAACUAAUAUAGCUGUAUUUUUGCGAUAUUUUAUAUUUCGACACAAAAUGCAAACAUUAUAUAUUUGACAUGAUACAUUUUUGUAUUCUUUUUACGAGAAGUUAUAUAUAAUUUUAUAUUUGAAUUAUUUUAUCGAGUUUUACGGGGAAUUCCCUUUUUCAUCUCUCCUAUGCGGGACCUACAUUUCUUCAUAGGAAUGUAAGUGGAACCGGCGAUGUGUGAGUGUUUGAAGCGUGAACUUGAGAGAAUUAAUACUUUUGAGAUUUGAUAGCGUUAGCGAUAACCGCGUUAACCGCGAACUAAUAAUGAGACUCACGUCGAUGAGAGAAAACAAGUUGAUAAGUAAAAUAAGUCAAUCCCUUUUUCUAAUCAGUAGGAAAGCGAUCGAGAUCAGAUCUACGGUUUUAUAAGAAUCUUUGAUAAAUAUUGAAUCGAGGAUAGCUGAUAAUUAAAAUAAUAAUAAUAAUAAUAGUAAUAAUAUUUAAUAGCCGUUUGUAUCGAAGGUGGCUAACGAAUAUUGACCAAGAUAGGAUUGCUAAUUUCUACUUCGCUGAAUCUCUUCAACCGCCUUCAGUUUCGCGCACUGACGAUUUUUCGGCACUUCUUUCUCCUUUCCCUUUUCUUUCUCACUUCUCACUUCAUUUUUUUUAUCUUUUAUUAGUAUUAUUUUGAGACUAUAAUUUUACUAUAUGGUAUUACAAUUUUUCUUUGCUACUUUAUAUAAAAAUUCAUUCACACAAUUAAAAUCUUUUUUAUAUUUUGACAUCAGUGUUUCAUUUCUUGGAACUUUAUUUGUUGCACAGUGUUAAAAUAGCUUAACCCUUUUUAAUGUAGAAAAAUUAUUGAAUAUCAUUUACAUGUCAAAACUUUAACAAUAGAAAAACAACGAAAUUUUAAUUAGCACUUGGAUGAAAAUUUAUUCACAGUAGCAUUCCGUUUAAUAUUAAGAAGUAUAUAUUUAUUUCAUUUUUCCCAUACGUGCAGUUAAAUAGAACAGAUCUUAUCGUGGUUCAACCUAAGCAAAUUUUCGACAAAUACAUGUGAGAAACGAUGGAGUACAAGGAGUGCCAUGUCGCAGUGUCGCUCGCAAAGUAUUGAAGCCGAAACCCGCGUCCGACAUCGCUGAAAGAUUUAUAACCGAUUUCUCGAUUUCGGGAAACUUAUCGCAAGCGUGAUAUCUCCCCUUCUCUCUCCCUUUCCCUUCUCGCUCUAUUCCUCCCCUGCCCGUCCUCGUUUCUUUCCCUCAUGAAUGCGUUUCCACCUUUCCUAAAUUACGCGUUUAUAAAUGUCGUCAUUUAUAUACAUGUAACGAUUUUUGUAAAUAAUCGGUAUACAUAUAUAAAUAUAAUUAUAUAUAUAUAUAUAUAUAAAUAUAAAUAAAUAUAUAUAUAAAUUAUAUAUAUAUGAAACACGCAACGUGUAAAUGGACGGAACCUGUCUUCGUUGUAUCGAUAGUCUUAUAUCAGACUUGUAUAUGAACGGAGGGACUUUUGAUUAUUAAAAGUUUCCUAGAG